UGCGGCUCGUUUCACUCCAAGGAACGCGCUGUCGACAAACCGGCUGCUACAUUCUGUCCAGUAAUGUUACACAACUCCUGAAAUAUUACAUAACUUGAGUUUUACAAGACGCACAGUCACAAGACGCUCAGCAGACCUUCUCAGACGACUUCUUGACUUCAUCCUUAACUGUUCCUUCGAUAUUGAGAAAGAUGAGUGGUGAAAGAGUGAAGAAGAUAGCAGUGAACCUUGUGAAAGACGUCAAAACUGGACAGACGGUGCCCCUGGGUUCGCUAUGGGAGAGCCGUGCGUGUGUUCUCCUGUUCCUGCGGAGGUUUGGCUGCCAGGUGUGUCGCUGGACGGCCUCAGAGCUCAGCAAACUGAAACCUCAGCUGGACGCAGCCAACGUCAGCCUUGUGGGGGUGGGGCCAGAGGAGGUGGGGGUGGAGGAAUUUGUGCAGGGAAAGUUCUUCGCUGGAGAUUUGUAUGUAGAUGAGACAAAGCAGUGUUACAAGGACCUUGGGUACAGAAGAUACAACGCACUAAAUGUCAUUCCUGCCGCAGCGUCAAAAAAGUCCAGAGAUGUCAUCAAUAAGGCCAAAGCAGAAGGAAUUCCUGGUAACUUUAAAGGAGACCUGCUCCAGGCUGGAGGAACCCUUAUAGUUGGCGCAGGAGGAGAGAAGGUUCUGCUGAACUUUGUCCAGGACUCCCCAGGUGACCAUGUGGAGCUGCAGGAGGUGCUGAGGCUACUGGGGCUGGAGGGGGCAGUACAGGCCAGCGCUCAGCCGAAGUGUGAUGACACCAUGUGCACUAUGUGAAGAAGAGGAACUCUCUAACACUUGGGGAACUGGAGAUUUGGGAACAUCCUACACUUCAAAAUCAACAUUCUUAUAAUUCCAAUGAUAUACAUGUAUAAUGUUAUACAUACA